AUGGUCAGCGAAGCCGUCGACGCCGUUGCAGAAUGCCUGGCUCAGGCGGAGUCGGAGGAGGAGGAGGCCCGCGCCACCGCCCUCCAGACUCUCUCCGCCCUCACCAAACUCAGCAGUCACAACCGUGACCUCGUCGCCCUCACCGACGGCGCCCUCCCUCUGCUGCUCUCCCUCUCCGACUCUCCUCUCGCACUCUCCACCCUCCUCCACCUCUCCCUCAACCCCAACCUCAAGAAGCCGAUCGCCUCCGUCGACGGCCUCCUCGGUCGACUCAGUUCCCUCCUCCUCUGCCCCUCCACCUCCCCCCAGACCGCCGCGCUGACUGCCUCCCUCGUCUGCAGCCUCGCCAUGCACGACAAGAACAAGGCCCCACUCGGCGUCGCCGGCGCCGUCGAAGCCGUCGUCGAGACGCUCGUCAUCGCCACCACCUCCCCUUCCGAGGGAGCUGUGGCGCGCCACCUGCUCAGCUCCCUGGCGGAGCUAGCGCAGUUCCACGGGAACUGCACCCUGGCCGUCCGCGCCGGGGCGGUGCCGGUACUGGUCCGGAUCCUCGACGGCCAGGCGGAGGACCUCGUCGGCACCGCCUCGGUUGUGCUGGCGAGGCUGGCGAGUUUCGAGGAGGGGAUGGGGGCGAUCCGGGAGGUGCCGGGGGUGGCGUGGGUGCUGCUGGAAGCGGUGCGGAAGGGGUGCGUGGUUGGCCGGGAGAGCGCGAUGGAGGUGCUGGUAAGGCUGGUGGGGGAGAGCCGGGAGCUGACGGAGGAGGUGGCGGCAAGCGAAGACACGUCCAUCCUGCUCGCCGAUUUGUCGAUAAGAGGAUCGGCAAAGCUGAGGGACCAGGCUGCCCUGCUCAUGAAGCUGCUGGACGACGCGGACUUCAAAUUCGCCAUCUAA